AGCUGGCCUCUUACUCCAACUUUCAUUUGUACAGCGUCGCUCCUACAACUAACACCGCUAAGUGUAAACCAGGACGAUGGACGUCGAAGAGUUUCGUGUACGGGGUAAAGAAAUGGUGGAUUAUAUUUGUACGUACAUGAAUACUUUGAAGACUCGGCGUGUGACUCCGUCUGUAGAGCCAGGAUACCUACGCACUGCUCUACCAGCUGAAGCUCCGGUACACCCCGAACCCUGGGAUGACGUUAUGAGCGACGUGGAAAACAAGAUCAUGCCCGGUGUAACACAUUGGCAGCAUCCAAGGUUCCACGCAUAUUUUCCAGCGGGGAAUGGAUACCCUUCUAUUCUUGGAGAUAUGCUUUCAGCGGGCAUCGGGUGCAUCGGGUUUUCCUGGGCAGCAAGUCCAGCCUGCACAGAAUUGGAAAUAAUUAUGUUGGAUUGGAUGGGAAAAGCCAUAGGUCUACCACCUGCAUUUUUAGCACUUGAAGAAGGCAGUAAAGGCGGUGGUGUCAUUCAGGGAUCGGCGAGCGAGUGUGUCCUCGUAUCGAUGUUAGCGGCAAGGGCCGCCGGUAUCAAACGAUUGAAGCAUCAAUUCCCCACCGUCGAUGAGGGUCUGUUGCUCUCCAAGCUAAUCGCAUAUUGUUCAAAAGAGGCUCACUCUGGCGUCGAAAAGGCUGCUAUGAUCAGCUUCGUUAAACUCCGCAUCUUACAACCAGAUGAAAAUGGAUGCUUAAGAGGCCAAACUCUCAAAGAAGCCAUGGAAGAAGAUGAAGAAGCUGGACUGGUGCCGUUCUUUGUAUCAACUACAUUGGGUACAACAUCGUGCUGUUCUUUUGACAAUUUGCCCGAGAUAGGCCCCAUUGCGAGAAAGUUUCCAUGCGUGUGGUUACAUGUGGACGCAGCAUACGCCGGCAACGCAUUUCUCUGUCCCGAACAUAAAUGCCAUCUAGCUGGGAUUGAAUAUGCAGACUCCUUCAAUACUAAUCCGAAUAAACUGAUGCUUACGGCGUUUGACUGUUCCCUGCUGUGGGUAACCAAUCGAUAUCUACUUACUUCUGCUCUGGUUGUGGAUCCUCUGUACUUACAGCACUGUUAUGAUCACACUGCUAUUGACUACCGCCACUGGGGAAUACCGCUCAGCCGCCGCUUUCGCUCUCUCAAGCUGUGGUUUAUGCUGAGGAGUUACGGUAUCAGUGGCUUGCAGAAGUAUGUGAGAAGACACUGCGAACUGGCUAAAUAUUUCGAAAAGCUCGUCAAAAAGGACGAGAGAUUUGAAGUUUGCAAUCAAGUGAAGUUGGGAUUAGUGUGCUUUCGUCUUAUCGGAGGUCCUGAGGAAACACCCCAGCAGGUCGAUGACCUGAACAAGAAAUUGCUGACAAACAUAAAUGCUUCUGGUAAACUUCACAUGGUCCCAGCCUCAGUGCGUGACCAAUUUGUGAUCCGUUUCUGCGUUGUAAGCCAACAAGCUACCCGGGAAGAUAUUGAAAUUGCUUGGGACAUCAUAAUAGACUUCGCAACGGAAUUAAUCGAAGGCCCAGACAAGGAAAGGGACUUAAACGAGGAGCGUGCUCGCAAGCACCGCGCAGCUUUGGCACACAAGCGUUCCUUCUUCGUGCGCAUGGUGAGCGACCCGAAGAUCUACAACCCCGCUAUCAACAAGACCCCGCCGCCCGUACCCACCAGCCCGGGCACGCCACCGCAGCCCGCACCCGCCACACCAGACACACCUUCCGACACCGACUCGAUUCAACUUGUUCCUUCAACUCCGAAACAAUCAUCUUGGAUCAGCUGGCCGCUUGCUUUCUUCUUCCAAAGCGUUGAUAACGAAGCUAAUGAUUUGCCACUCAGGUUCCGUCACCUGGAUACGAUGGUGCGGCUGAAGAGCCCCAACCACGGACGGCGCGGCUCUACCCCCGGAGCGUCUCCCGAACGCCGCGCCACAUCCCCCGCCCCGCGUUGA